CCCUUCGCCAUUUUCACCAACUCCCUCCGAUCCCGGCCAUGGCGGGGGAGGACUGCCGCUCCGGCGCGGAAAUGGACGCGCUCGUACGACGCUUGAAGCUCCACCGGCCGUCCCCAUCCCCCUACGACCCCGAUCCGGCCGCGGCCCCCGUCCCCGCCACCGCCGGCGACGGCGAGCUGUUCCGGCCGCGGAGAGCUGCCGUGCUUGUCUGCCUCUUCCGGGGAGACGGCGGCGAGCUCCGCGUCAUCCUCACUAAGCGCUCGUCCUCCCUCUCCACCCACUCCGGUGAAGUUUCAUUGCCAGGAGGAAAGGUCGAGGAGGGUGAUGCUGAUGAUGUAGCAACAGCGUUAAGAGAGUCAAAAGAGGAGAUUGGACUUGAUCCAGCUCUGGUAACUGUGGUUGCCUCUCUUGAACACUUCUUGUCCAAGCAUCUUCUGGUAGUUGUUCCUGUUGUUGGCAUACUGUUAGACAGACAAGCAUUUAAACCUGCUCUUAAUAUUGCUGAGGUAGACGAAAUAUUUGAUGUACCCCUGGAGAUGUUCCUCAAGGAUGAGAACAGGACAUCGGAGGAGCGAGAAAAGAUGGGCCAGACAUUCACAGUUCAUUACUUCACUUAUGAGAACGGAAUCCAGAAGUACUUAAUCUGGGGUCUGACCGCCCGCGUCUUGAUCCAUGCUGCUUCAGUUGUAUACGAGCGACCGCCAGACUUUACAGAGCGAAGAGCGCAUUUCAAAUUGCCAAAGUUCACAAAGGACUGCUCUUCAAUGCUAGCAGGACCUGCUAAACAUUAGUGCACACUGCCUACGCUGCUAUCUCAGCUACAUGCUAUUUGGAGUACAGGAUGUUGCACCAACAUAGUUUAUAGAAUCGAAGAGACGUCCAAAUCACUUGAUGUCAUAUGAAUUUAGAUUCUUUCGACAAAACACUAUAGUGGCAUUUAUGUUCAGAACAAUGUUCAUAUAUGAAUUAUGAUGCACCAC